UCAAAAUUUUGUCUUCCUCUCUCCCUCUCUCUCUCUCUCUCUACUCUCCUCUCUCAGUCUGAAUCCACGGACUUAUGGCCAUCAGCUUUGCUUUUAAAACCCCCCAUUGAUAAUUAACUAUGCUGCAUUCAUAACUCACUCACCCCAUUUUUGUUUCAGAGGCAAAUGUAGUGAUUGGCAGUUGGGAACUUAGUAAUAUGGCUUAAAUUAGCUGCAAAAGUACAAAUUUUGGCUUCUGGGUUCCGUUCAUUCUUCCCUUUUCUCUUCUGGGAUUCUGGGGGAUUUUGAUUUUCCUGAAGGAGGAAUGGAAAAUGGGAGGAGUUUGAAAUCAUGUUCAUCAUCAUCAGGAGCUUCAUCAAGUGGGUCUUCUUCGUCAGUUGGGGUUGUUGUAGUUGGGCCAGUGAGCCCAAAGUCCCCUCCUUCUGGUUCACUGGAUUUGUAUGGCAAGAGAAGGCAGCUUGUUAAGGUUCAAGUCUUGGAAAGAGAGAUUGCCCUCCUUCAAGAAGAGUUGAAAGCUGUGGAAAUCCUUCAACCAGCUUCAAAGUGCUGUAGAGAGGUUCAUGAAUAUGUUGAUGGUAGACAGGAUCCUUUCAUCUCAAUAAAAGAGGAGCCUCAUCAGUUGCAUAAGCCUUGCCUCUCCUGGAAGCAACUAUGUCUACCAUGGGUUUGCUGCCUCGGUGAAUGCCAAUGCCACGUUCAACUCCCCAAAUGCCUGUCCUGUUGCACCUGCCGCCGGCGUCACAACAGCGGCCACCGUCAAUCCGACUCCAACUCCAAGUGUUGUAGUUGUUGGGGUAAACCAACUUGCAAGAGUGGCAGCUGCAACGGUUGUGGCCUAAUGAAAAGUGCAUCAUCUUGUCUAUCUUGUAGUAACUGUCCAAAGGUGAACGGUUGUUGUCCUAGUUGUUCAAACAGUAGCUGCUGCUACAAGUCGUGCUGCUGUCUAUGAGUUUAGCAGCUAGAAGAUCGAUGUCCAUUUUGAAUGAUAACAAUGAUAAUACUAUGAGGAGUGACAGCCAAAGGGUUUGAAGUUGCUCUGUUUUCUUCAGUUGCGAGCUUUGGGUUUUCUUAUGGGAAUCAGUUUGUUAACUAUCUGGGUUCUGCCCUCUUCUUCCUCAUGGUCUGUUGGCAAUACUUAGGAUUGGGCCUCUGAGCCCUUCCCGAGCUCCUCGGCCCAAUACAGAAUCCCCGUCACCCAUGCCACUGCAGCUACCUCUACUACCCAUAUCAUAUCACCCUUAGCAAGCAAUCGAGCCCAAUGAAAACAAAACCGAAAAUGGGCUAGAGUCUUCUUGGUACAAUUUUUUUUUGGUUUAUUCUAUCACUCAACAAGGAGGCCUCUACUCUUUUUCCCCCUUUCAAUUUUCAUAGGUA